CAGUGAUCGGCAGCCUGCAGUGGAGUGCACACCUCUCCUUGGAUAACCCCAGCCACCGGGCCGAGCAGCCAUGAACAAGUACAUCCUCGCCGCCCUGAUCUGCGCCAGCGUCGCUGUGGCUGCCUCCGGAACCCUGCAGAAGCGGGACACCGAGUAUGCGCUGAACGAUGACGAGACCUACUACAACAACUACUACAACCACCAGAACCCGCGCCCGGUGCGGCGCAACAAGUCGCCGUUCGGCUGGCUGUCCAGGAUCGUCAGCCGCGCCUCGGGCGGCUACGACACCGGCUACUCGGGCUACUCGGGCAGCUCGGGCGGAUACGGCUACAGCUCGCACCCGCAGCAGGGCGGCGGCAAGGGCGACCUCCUGGGGCCCCUGUUCCUGCUCGGUCUCGGCCUGCUGGCGGCGCUCGCCCUCGGCUCUCUGCUGGCCUUCCUGUUCACCCAGCUGAACAACUCGGGCCGUGGUCUGGACACCGACGAGUGGGAGGUGGACCACUCUGUCUGGAUGGACCAGCUGCAGAAGGACUUCGAGGACUCGUGGUCCGAGGAGUAGAUACCGUUUCCAGACGCCCUGCACCCCGGCCCGUCUCUCCCAAAAUGCACGCCGCUGGACGAUGCUGUGAUUUCACAAGUUGUUAACUCGUUUCGUUUUUUGUUUUUGUUCUGUUGUAUAUUACUACAGUGUUUUCAUGUUGUUACUUGAUGCUGUUGAUUGUUGCUGGUGACUGCCAAAUGUCUGUCAUGAACUCCCAGUGCAUGGGAGACGUAAUUUUUGCCAAUGCUUGUGUGCAAUAAUUGCUUCCCUUCUCAUUUCACAAAAUCUCGGUAAACAAAACUCUCGGUAAACUAAAAAGAACAUAAUUGUCAUCUCUACACCAAAAUGUAUCGGGACGCAUCAGCUGUUCUAUUUCCUUUUGAUUCAAUGUUGCAUCGCAAAAGCAAUGAAGGCUUUUCCGUGCUCGCAAAAUACUGUUACUUUUCACAUCUACGUAUCCAUUAUUGCAAAGCCCUUUUUCAUUUUACUUUUUAUGUUUUCAGCAGUAACCGCACCUGAUGCUCGUGCCUUUUCCAUGAUUCUUCCCUGCUUUCAUUUUGUUCUUAUUCUGCUUGAUUAUACAAUUCCAACUACCUUUCAUCACUGCAUUUACAUCUAAUCUUGUUUUCCCGUUAUCCUCUGCGAAACCCGCCCACGCCUUGCAUCAUUAUCUUUAUGUUGCGAAGCUGCUCUUUGUUGUGAUUAACACAUUUUUCUGUGUUCUUUUGUCCUGAUAUCUUAUUUCAAUGCAAACAAAUUGGCUGAUGCAUUCGCUUGACUCUCCUACAGCACCAGAAGACAAAUGUACUAUCUGAGAGUUAUGUUAAAUAUUAUUACCUACGUGCAGCUCAUCUAUGCAUUUGUUACCUAUCGUUAUGCCACCUCAUGCUGCACUUGACUUCGUUUUUACUAUUGCUUUUCUGUGUUAUCAACUCAUCUGAGACAUGCUGUCAUACUCCGCCAGUGCUGUGCUCUUUUCCGCUCACCUCAUCAGUAUUUCUAGCUUUACAUUGUACUUUUACGAAGCAAUUUUGCGAUUUUUGCCUGGCUCUGACAAUACACAUGUGCUUAUA